UCAAACCAUUAAAUGUUGACUGUCGGCGAACCAUCGACCGAUUCCAACGAGAACCACGCGUCGAAAGCCAAACGAAACGACCACUUGUGACCAUCGAGAUCAACCCCGUUUCAACGUUCGCUCGCCAAGGGACGGUUGCUGCCAAAGGAAUCCUCUCCAAGCGUUCAGAGGUUAUCGACUUUGUCAUCGGGUUCUUUUCUUGAGGCUCUCCAAGUCGAAGGAAAGUUCAAAGAUAAAGGAAGCCUGAGAGAAAUCCAAGUCCAACUUGAAGAGAAGAUCAAGGCCAGGAAGAAGAAAAAGACCAAUUUCAAAGCCAAGGGAGGUCUAAAUUCAAACAAAGUCGAAAUCCAACCAUCAUCCACAUACAUCCACGAGAAGUCUAAAUUCAGGACACCUCCAACCCUAAGGAGCUUCAUCGAGUCCAAGUUUGCUACCAGAGGAAGUCGAUGAGUCUGAGAAUUGGCAGCGAGAGUGUCGAUAGCCUUGGUGUCGAGAAUCGUGGCAGAGGCUUCUGACAAAGGAAAAGUUUGAUCGACGGAGGAUUAUCGCCUUAUCGAGCGUCGCUUUCACACUCUUUCCCAUGAUUUCCUCGUGCAAACAAACCGGCAUCUACGAAAAUGCGCUUGCGCUGAAGGAGUUCGUUCAUUGAUAACUUCUAUCAUAGUUUGCCACGUUCUUGUGAGGUACGUGCUGGCUCUAUGACAUUCGCGAUCUCCGCGUGUUCACCAAGUGCGAUCGAUCUAUCGAAACCCGAGGAAGAGUCGACCAAGGUGAACCUAUCGUUGUGGCCCAGAAUUCGCAAGUGAGCGCAGAACCUAGCCCCGCCGACGAGCAGCAGCAGAUCAGCGCAGAUUCAGCAGGAAGAGUUCGCCGAGAUCCAGCAAUCCACAAGAACAAGAUCAAUUUAAUAUCGAUUGAAGCCCAUCGUCGAGCACGAAGAUUUCUCAUCUGACCCUAUCACCAAGCCAGAUUCACCCAACUGCGCCGAUAUCGUAGAAUGGUAGAGAGUGAACCUGGCUCAAAGCACAAUCAUAAGUGUGAUGUAAAAGACGAGCGGCUAAACGGCUGUGGCUCCAAGGAUCUCGAACUUGCCCGUAUUGGAACUAAGGGCAAGACCCUAGAUCCCGAGAAAGGAUCCUGCGUUAAAGCUGACUUUGAAAAGGCCAUUGAACUUACCGACUAUGGCAAAUUCCACUACUUCCUCCUCACGGUAUGCGGGUUCGUCAGCACCAGCGAGGAGAUGGACGUGAUCUCCAUGUCCUUCAUCCUCCCGAGUGCACAAUGUGAUCUGAAACUCGAUACCCAAGCCAAGGGAUGGCUCAAUUCGAUCAUCUUCAUUGGCAUGAUGGCCGGCGCGUACGCUUGGGGCUCCGUCGCGGAUGCCCUAGGUCGUCGCAAGGUCCUCAUCGCCAUCUCGUUCACGAACGCUCUGUGCAUCGUGGCCUCCAGCUUCAGCCAGUCCUAUGAACUCUUCAUGUUCUUCCGUUUUCUCAACGGCGCUGCUCUUGGAGGCAGUGGACCUGUCAUCUGGUCAUACUUUGCUGAGUUCCAGCCAAAGUCUAAGCGAGGUUCGAUGCUGUCUUUCAUGGCUGCCUUCUGGACGCUUGGGAACCUCUUUGUUGCUGGUUUGGCAUGGACGAUCAUCCCUAACGACAUUGGUAUUGUGAGCGAGGCGUUCACAUACAAUUCUUGGCGAAUCUUCCUGCUGAUCUGCGCUGCUCCGUCGUUUAUCGUCGCGGGGCUGCUCCUGCUGCUCCCUGAAUCCCCCAAAUACCUCUUAUCCUGCGGAAAAUACGAGGAGGCCCUCGACAUCUUUCGCGGGAUAUAUGCCAUUAACACUGGCAAACCGCGUGACAGUUACACGGUUAAAGAAUUGAUUCUCGAUGACUUUCAAGUGCCCGAACCGGCAAAGAUUGGCGUCGAGAAGAAUAAAUGCAAAACAAUGCUCAGCGACAUCGUAGAUAACAGUAAACAACUCUUCAUCUCGCCGAUUCUUCGCUUCACCAUCAUCUCCAUCAUUAUCAACUUCACCUUUCACAUCGGUUAUUACGGUCUGAUGAUGUGGUUCCCCGAACUGUUCAAUCGUUUCGACGAGUUUCAUCGCGAUCAUCCUGGUGAGGUCGCUUCUAUAUGCCAGGUCACCGAUUACGUCGUUCAAAAGGGUUCUCAGAAUGUGGAGACUCUUUGUUCGGACAAGAUCGGUGCCUCCGUCUUCUUGGAAUCGCUGAUCACGGUUGCAUCCGCCAUUCCUGCAAAUAUCGUCGCCGUUUUGGGAAUGGAUCGUCUUGGUCGCAAAUUCUUCCUUGUGUUUAGUACGCUUUCAUCGGGACUGUGUUCGAUAGGGUUGUACUUCGUGUAUAAUAAGCACCACAACCUGAUUGUUUCGGCUUUCUUCAGCGGUGUGAUAAGCUGUGGAAAUGCAGCAUUGGACUGUUUGAUAACCGAGGUUUUCCCAACACAUCUUCGGGCGACCGGAAUAGCUAUUUCUAUGGUCGCGGCACGUUUAGGUGGAAUUAUUGGAAACAUCGUUAUAGCUCAACUUCUGGACAUGUAUUGUCCAGCACCAACUUUCAUAGUUGCUGCUCUCCUAAUUGGGGGAGGAUUACUGUGCUUAUUCUUACCAAACACAACGCGGGAACCACUUUCUUGACACCGGUGGAAAAUUACAUCAGACCUAAAUCGAUGUACAGUUAUAUACUCAUUUUUUAAGAAAACUUUCGCCGUUUUAAAGUAGCACAUCUACGCGCGUACAUCUGCCCAUAUUCCAGUAAUCUAGCUCCACAUUCCCAUUUUGCAUAUCAAGUUCAAACGGCCAAUAAAGAAAUAAUAUUAGACUUCACAACAAAUAGCAGGGUAAAUUAAAAAAAAAAAGAAUAAUAAAAUA